AUUUUUAUACAAAAUGAAUAGGUUUGUGACGAUUUAUAAUAAUUAGCCUUACUUUAACAGUUCUAUUCCAUUCCCAUAAACUCUACAAAAUUUCACCGCAAAGUUCAUCUGCUGUUUACCGCCGGCGAGGCGCCACCUGGGUCUUCUCGCUUGCGUCACAAUCUGCGGACUCGACAAUGGCCGCUUCUCUGACGCGAUCCUUAAUUUCCCCCCUCACGAGCCGAACCCCUGCUAAACCCUCGCGCUCCGAUCAAUCGCCGCAGCUGCUAAGACGGCGCUCCUGCGUGUCGGUGCGAGCCUCCACAUUCGGUAACACCAAUUCGUCUGAUGGAGCUGUUCCCGCUGCAUGCAAUGUGCUUACCCAGGAUUCGCCUCCGAGGCGUUUGACGUCGGCGCCAGUGCCUAAUUCAGAGUGCGGUGGUUCUCCCCUCCGCGUUGCUUAUCAGGGGCUCUGUGGGGCACAUAGCGAAUCUGCUGCCCUGAAGGCAUAUCCCAACUGUGAGCCAGUGCCUUGCGAUCAAUUCGAAACUGCAUUUGAAGCUGUUGAAGCUUGCUCUGUGGACAGAGCUGUGUUACCCAUCGAAAACUCUUUGGGUGGGAGUAUUCACAGAAAUUACGACCUUUUACUCCGACACAGGCUACAUAUAGUGGGAGAAAUAAAAUAUGCUGUUCGUCAUUGCUUGCUAGCAAAUCAAGGUGUUAAAGUUGAACACUUGAAGAAGGUUCUAAGUCAUCCCCAGGCACUUGCUCAAUGUGAAUAUACGUUAACCAGGUUGGGAUUGGUUAGAGAAGCAGUGGAUGAUACUGCUGGUGCAGCAAAGCAUGUUGCACUCGAGAAAUUGGAGGACACAGGAGCUGUUGCUAGUUCCGCUGCAGCUGAAAUCUAUGGCCUAGAUAUAUUAGCAGAAGACAUUCAGGAUGCCUCUCUCAACGUUACAAGAUUUCUGAUGUUGGCGAGGGAGCCCAUAAUUGCAGGCACUGAUCGUCCCUUCAAGACGAGCAUAGUCUUUUCACUUGAGGAGGGCCCUGGAAUACUUCACAAGGCUCUUGCAGUUUUUGCAGAGAGGCAAAUCAACCUCACGAAAAUCGAGAGCCGCCCUAUGAGGUGGAGUUCUCUGACAUCUCCUGGAGUAGGUGCCAGUGGACUUCAGAAAUGCUUUCAUUAUCUGUUCUAUGCCGAUUUUGAGGCUUCAAUGGCUAGUGAUGAUGCUAAAAUGGCCCUGCAAGAUCUGGAAAAGCUCGCAACAUCCUUGCGGAUUUUAGGGAGUUAUCCAGCUGAUACUACCAUGCCAUGACGACACUCCUGGAAUACAGUUCUGGUUGCCAAUGCAGGUGAUGACCGGCCAUGAGCCGUAACCAAUCCUCCCUACUUCUGAUUUUGCCUUCCCCGGUACAGAAUGUUUAGCUGCAGUUUUUGCAGAGAUGAUUAGAUGCACUAGUGUGUGAUGGAUCACCCAAUGAUGGCCACCACCAUGAACACCCUUCUUCGUACGUGGCUAGAGGGCCGGCCCAACGUAGGAGUACUGCUGCUGCUGUCAUAGGAUAGCUUUGAUAAUUGUUUUUGGUAGGAUCACUGUCACCCUAAGUGAUCUGUUCUUGGUUGAUUCUUAGGUGAAACGAUCACCUAAAGUGACCCCUGCAUAGCUGUUAGGGGCGGACACCAUUAAGCGAUUCUUGGAUUGGCCUUUGAGAGUAGAGAUCAUCUUAGAUCUCAGGAGAGCGGAUAGUAUCUUCAUUGCAAUCGAAUCCCAGUCAUUAAAUUUUCUAGAGCAGAUAAUCUUAGGCCAGUCCAAUUUCUUUGAUUACAAAAAUAAGUGCAUGCUCAAUUCAUGC